AUGGAAAAAGGACUACAACUCACCUAUAAUGUCGGUAAUACAAUCGAUAAACCCUAUCGAGAACUCUUAGGGAGUCUUAUGUACGUGAUGCUUUGUGUAAGGCCUGAUAUAUGUUACCAUGUGAGCUAUCUCGGAAGAUUUCAACAAAAUCCUUCAGAAGAACAUUGGCAAUCAUUGAAAAGAGUCUUAAGAUAUUUAAAAGGUACAGUUAAAAAGAAACUAAUAUACACAGCAAGCGACGAUAAUAUUUUGGUUGGAUAUGCCGACGCCGAUUGGGCAAGCGAUACUACAGAUCGGAAGUCGAUUAGUGGUUACAUAUUUAAAGUUUAUGGAUGUACAGUAUCAUGGUCCAGUAAAAAGCAGCAAACAGUUGCAACAUCGUCAAGUGAAGCCGAAUACGUAGCCUUAAGCUCUGCAGUAUCUGAAGCUAUAUGGCUGAGAGGCAUACUUCAAGACUUAGAUAUUUUGAAGAAUGAAACCAUUACUAUUAAUGAAGACAAUCGUGGUUGCAUAUGCAUGGCAAAUAAUGUAAAGUCAAAAAGAUCCAAACACAUUGAUAUUAGACAUCACUUCAUUAGAGAUAAUGUGGAGAAAGGAGUUGUAAAAAUAGAAUCAAUUAGUACAUCAGAUCAGUUGACAGAUAUAUGCACGAAAUCGUUGGAUACAAAAUCGUUUUUAAAUUUUUGUAGUUGUUUAGGUUUAUAUGAUUGA